AUGCACAACCCUCCCCACUUGGCCCACUCACCUCCCUCCUGGCUACUGGUGCUGCUCCUUGUCCUCUCAGGAGUCUCAGAGCGGAGCAAAGGGAAUGCGUGGCAGGUGCUGCAACCUGAGGGUCCCAUGCUGGUGGCAGAAGGUGAGACACUCCUACUGAGGUGUACAGUGAUCGGCUCCUGCAUUGAUGUCAUGAUAAAAUGGGUCAAGGUGAGCAGUCAGGACCAGCAAGAAAUUUAUAAUUUCAAACAUGGCUUCUUCCCUGGGGUGACACCUAUGAACCAGCAGACGUUGGAGCCACUUAGUUGCGACUAUUCCAUCUAUAUUCAUAAUGUCACCAAGGAGCAGGAAGGAACCUACCACUGUGUGAGGUCUGAUGGCUUGCGUGAGCACUCAGAAAUGCAGCUGGAUGAAGGCACCUCAGUGCUUGUGAAGGGAGCUGGGGACCUGGAGCCAAACCUCUGGAUCAUCCAGCCCCAGAAGCUGGUGUGGGCAGCCCCCGGAGACACUGUCCUCCUGAACUGCACCGUGCAUGGAGAGGGUCCUCCCGGGCCCAUCCGGUGGUUCCGGGGCACUGGUUUGAGCCGUGAAGCCAUUUACAACUUCGGAGGGCUCUCCCACCCCAAUGUGACUGCGGUCCAGGCCUCCAGCAGCGAUUUCAGCAUUCUUCUGCAAGGUGUCUCUCCUGAGUAUGCGGGCACCUACUACUGUGUAAAGUUCCAGAGGAAGCUUAACCGGCAAUACCUAUCUGGACAGGGCACCAGGCUGCGGGUGAAAGCAGAGCCCACUUCUUCCCAAGAGGCAGAAGUCACCAAUCACCGUGUGGCCAGGAGAUCUCUGUCGGGCCUCCUGUCGGUGCUCACAGCUAUGGUCCUGGGACUGAAGGCAGUGAUCCUGACUGCACUCCUGCUGGCCCUGGCUGCCCUCUGGAGACACACUGGGCAAGAAAAGCUAUGCCCAUCUUAG